CAGCUCCAAGGGGUGGCAGCGGCCGCAAGAGCAGGAUGCGAGUCCGAAUCGGGCUGACGCUGCUGCUCUGUGCGGUGCUGCUGGGCUCAGCUUCGGCGUCCUCGGAUGAAGAAGGCAACCAAGAUGAAUCUUUAGAUUCCAAGACUUCUUUGCCAUCAGAUGAAUCAGUCAAAGGCCCUACCACUGCAGGCAGAGUCGUCGCUGGUCAGAUAUUUCUUGAUGCAGAAGAAUCAGAAUUGGAACCCUCUGUUCAAGAAGAAGAUAGCCUCAAGAGCCAGGAAGGUGAAGGUGUCCCAGAAGAAAUCAAUUUUCUAGACUCUCCAAAUCCAGAAAACAAGGACUAUGAAGAAUCAAAGAAAGUACGGAAACCAGCUUUGACUGCCAUUGAAGGCACGGCACACGGGGAGCCCUGCCACUUCCCUUUCCUCUUUCUGGAUAAGGAAUACGACGAAUGUACGUCAGAUGGGAGGGAAGACGGCAGGCUGUGGUGUGCCACCUCCUACGACUACAAGACAGAUGAAAAGUGGGGCUUUUGCGAAACUGAAGAGGAGGCUGCUCAAAGAAGGCAAAUGCAGGAAGCAGAAAUGAUGUAUCAGACUGGGAUGAAAAUCCUCAAUGGAAGCAAUAAGAAAAGCCAGAAAAGAGAUUAUAUUGGUCAGGCUCUUGGCUUUCUAUAUGCCUCUGGACUUGGUGUUAAUUCAAGUCAGGCAAAGGCCCUGGUGUAUUAUAAUUUUGUAGCUCUUGGAGGCAAUCUAAUAGCCCACAUGGUUUUGGGUUACCGGUACUGGGCUGGCAUCGGUGUCCUCCAGAGUUGUGAAUCUGCCCUGACUCAUUAUCGUCUUGUUGCCAAUCAUGUCGCUAGUGAUAUCUCGCUGACAGGAGGCUCAGUAGUACAGAGAAUACGGCUGCCAGAUGAAGUGGAAAAUCCAGGAAUGAACAGUGGAAUGCUAGAAGAAGAUUUGAUUCAGUAUUACCAAUUCUUAGCAGAAAAGGGUGAUGUACAAGCACAGGUUGGUCUGGGACAACUACAUCUGCAUGGAGGGCGCGGAGUAGAACAAAACCAUCAGAGAGCAUUUGACUACUUCAAUUUAGCAGCUAAUGCUGGUAAUUCACAUGCCAUGGCCUUCUUGGGAAAGAUGUACUCAGAGGGAAGUGACACUGUGCCUCAGAGUAAUGAGACCGCCCUCCACUACUUUAAGAAAGCUGCUGACAUGGGCAACCCCGUUGGACAGAGCGGACUCGGAAUGGCCUACCUUUAUGGGCGAGGAGUUCAAGUGAAUUACGAUCUGGCACUGAAAUAUUUUCAGAAAGCUGCUGAACAAGGUUGGGUGGAUGGGCAACUACAGCUUGGUUCCAUGUACUAUAAUGGCAUUGGAGUCAAGAGAGAUUAUAAACAAGCCUUGAAGUAUUUUAAUUUGGCUUCUCAGGGAGGCCACAUCUUGGCUUUCUAUAACCUAGCACAGAUGCAUGCCAGUGGCACAGGUGUGAUGCGGUCAUGUCACACUGCAGUGGAGUUGUUUAAGAAUGUGUGCGAACGAGGCCGUUGGUCUGAAAGGCUGAUGACUGCAUAUCACAGCUAUAAAGACGGGGACUACAACGCUGCGGUGAUCCAGUACCUCCUCCUGGCCGAGCAAGGCUAUGAGGUGGCACAAAGCAACGCAGCCUUCAUUCUCGAUCAGAGAGAAGCAACUAUUGUAGGUGAAAAUGAAACUUAUCCCAGAGCUUUGCUACAUUGGAACAGGGCUGCAUCUCAGGGCUAUACAGUGGCUAGAAUUAAGCUUGGAGACUACCACUUCUAUGGAUUUGGCACUGAUGUAGAUUACGAGACUGCAUUCAUUCAUUACCGUCUCGCUUCUGAGCAACAGCACAGUGCACAGGCCAUGUUUAAUCUGGGAUACAUGCAUGAGAAAGGACUAGGCAUUAAACAGGAUAUUCACCUUGCUAAACGGUUUUAUGACAUGGCAGCCGAAGCCAGCCCAGAUGCACAAGUACCAGUCUUCCUAGCACUCUGCAAACUGGGCAUCGUCUAUUUCUUGCAGUAUAUUCGGGAAACAAAUAUUCGAGAUAUGUUCACCCAGCUUGAUAUGGACCAGCUCGUGGGACCAGAGUGGGACCUUUACCUCAUGACUAUCAUUGCGUUGCUCUUGGGAACAGUGAUAGCUUACAGGCAGAGGCAGCAUCAAGACAUGCCGGUACCCAGACCUCCAGGGCCACGGCCAGCUCCGCCCCAGCAGGAGGGGCCUCCGGAGCAACCACCCCCACAGUAACAGCCACCAUGUUCAGCCUUCAUCAAUGACAACUAAGGAAGUCAUUUUCUGAAAACACUCAAACUCGAUUUAGGACUUUGGAUCGGUGGCCACCUCCUGGAAGAGGCACAAGGAAAUUGAAUUCCUAAAGCUGCUUAGAAUCUGAUGCCUUUAUUUUCAGGGAUAAGUAACUCUUACCUAAACUAAGUUGAAUGUUUGUUUCAGUGCCAUAUGGAAUAACAACUCUCAGUGGCUUUCCUUUUUUUUUUCCCCCCCCCUUCCAGAAACAUACAUGAGACACUCAAAGUAAUGUCUACUGUAUCCCAGCUGGGUUUUUUAGGGGGGUCCUUUUGGUCAUUCUCUCAACAUGCGUAAGUUAUUAUGUCAACCAUCUUUGGGGUCUUGUACAUCGACACUAAAAGCUGAUCAAUGUAAAAAGGAAAAACCCAGUUAGUUGCAAGUUUAAACACAUUUAAAAAUCUCAAAAUAGAACUUGCCUUUUAAGUAAAAGAAAAGGACAAAAAGAUUUUUCAAAGUGUUUUUGAACUGUGAUAACUGAGAAACUUUUACCAGCUCACAUUACAAGUGUAUAUAUUCAGCUAAUUUGUUAUUUUAAAGGGAAGAUUGGAAAGUUUCUUAUUAUUGGUGAUUGUCACACUUUAUACCAUACUUCUCUCCUUCAAAGACCAAAAGGCUUUGUUAAAGAGUUUUAUAUGAAUUUCACCUUUUUGGAAUGGGAUAUAUAUAAAACUUUGUGAACUGACUCCUUGCACUAACACGUGAAUUUGCUUUACUCAGUGUAAUUUGCUUGUUUUUUGUUUUUAAGUAUAUCGAGCCUUGAUGCUGAAGCCAGAGGAUGGACUAAAUGGGAGAAAUUAGAAAACAAUAUUUAAAAAACUCUGGGUGGGGCAUCGAGAUCAUAGACACCCUUUUUGAAAAGGUGAAGAAUUUGUUCCUAAGAUUUACUUUACUUUGUUUUUCUUGUGGCACAAAGAACAAAUCAUCCUCCUGAAGUCCCUAAAUAUGAAAUGUCGUUGCCAGGACGUGGCAGACAAUGACUGCCACUAUAAUACUAAAAUUCAGAGACUCGAAGGCAGACGACGCUCAGUGGGUGGUGAAAGCCCAAGCCUGUGUGCGCCAUUCUGUAUUGUUCAGGUAGCUUCUUAUUUCUGACAAUCUUAUAUUACAGUAGAAAGUCACCUGCUUGUUUGGCUGUCAUGCUCCCAUCCUCCCACUGUUGACAUCAGGUAAACCAAAACCUAUCAAAAUUGGCUAAAUAGUAUGGGGGAAAAAAACAUCACAAAAUAAAAUUGAGAACAUACCAUAAUCACAAAUGAAAGGAUUAAAACUUAAACUGAA